AGUCAGUCCAUACACAGGUAUUGUACACACCUAAAGCACGAUCGUGUUUUCAGUGCACACUGUUUUGUUGUUUGCGGCUCUCGCAAUUUUUCGAUCGCGGUUUGCGAUUUUCUCGUGUUCCGAUUUGAUUCGCGACAAGCUAUUUUGCGGUUGUUUGACAGAAAAAGAACAUGCAGUGAAACAAGAUAUCGAACAUUUGAAUUUUUGGUGUAUAAAAAACGAUUUAUUGGAUGAGAUUAAGAUAGUCCACAAUGAACAACCUCUCCACAUCAUACAACAGAACAUCGCCAUUAUGGAAUUAAAAUAACAAACCACCAAACGAGCCAAACAUGGAGAUCCAUCGACUAGUAUUCAAAAAUUUUCUAAGAACUUUUACGGGUCAUUUCGUAAAGAUCAAAUUCAAAAUCGACAAUUCAUCGUCCAAGUGUUCGACUCAGUGCAAUAUUUUAGUGUUAGUUCUCCUAGUUAUUAGUUUAAGCGUAGCAGAAGGCAACAAACCGCCCAAGUUCGUCACUGAUGGCCAAACCGAAAUCAUAUUAAGACUGAAAGAGGGAUCAGAGACACCUGUCGGAACUUUAAUUUAUCAGCUAAGAGGUUAUGACGAAGACGGCGACUACCUCAAAUUCGGAGUGAGCCGAUUUCCUGGAAGCGACAUUAUUCGAAUAGACAAUACGUCACCAUCUGAAGCCAAUAUCUAUCUCAACAAGGAACUAGAUCGGGAAACUCAAGACGAAUAUUCUCUUGUUCUCACCCUCACUGAUGGCCAUCUCGGCUACGGUCAUUAUGUAACCCAAGGCCUGCUUCUUCUGGUUGAGGAUGUCAACGAUAAUGUUCCGGUGUUUAAAAGUUACCAACCAACCAUCACUGUAGCAGAAGAUUUUAAACCGGGCACCAUCACAACGCUAGAAGCCACAGACGCUGAUGAGGGAGCAUAUGGACAAGUGGUUUAUUAUUUGCAGAAUAUAGAUGGAGAAAAGGACUUGUUUGCUGUAAAUACAGUUGGAGAACGGGCGGUGCUACGAUUAGUAGGUUCUUUAGAUUACGAAAAACAAACUGUUCACCAACUGAAAAUUUUAGCAGUGGAUAGGGCUAAAGAAGGAAGGGUCAACACAGCCACAGCUGCAUUGCUAAUCAAAGUCGAAGACGUAGAAGACCAACCACCAGAAUUUGUUCGGAUCACACCUUUUACCAAAAUCGAAGAAAAUAGUCCGAUCGGGACAUCAGUCUUAAGGGUUGUCGCUGUAGAUGGCGAUCGAGGAGUCAACAACCCCAUCGAGUAUUCCCUUCUAUCGAAUAGUUUGAAUAGUGUUAAUGAUGUAUUUUCAGUGGAGAGAGAUACAGGAGUUGUAUUUACAACUAGUGUCAUCGACAGGGAGGCCUUACCUGGUGGAGCAGGAACUUACAUUCUCCAAAUAACGGCAAAAGAAAUAGGCAGCAAAGUAGAUCCUACUCCAACUGCUACUACAGAAGUAACCGUAAUGGUUACUGAUGUCAACGAUGAAACCCCAACGUUCAAAAGCAAUUACUACGAAUGCGAAAUUGCGGAAAAUGCUCAAAUCAACACACCAGUUACCUUUUUGGGAAACGCUCUACCAGAAGUCUACGAUUAUGACCAGGGCAUAAAUGGAAGUUUUUUCCUGUACGUAAAAGGAGGUGGAGAUGCAUUUGACAUCACUCCCAGCAAGGCGGUGAACGAAGCUUCUUUUAUGAUAAGAGUCAAGAAUAGUACAACACUUGACUUCGAACGAAUGAAAAGAAUCAACCUCACACUUGUAGCUAAAGAAAUCGUUAAAAGCAAGCCGAAAUUUAGCGAAGCAUCCGUAAUGGUGAAUCUCUUGGAUAGGAACGAUAAUUUUCCAGAGUUUUCCAAAUCGUUGUAUGAAGUUUCAGUGCCAGAGAACUGCGAUAUAGGAACGACGGUAGCUUGGGUACAAGCCCUUGACGAUGAUUCGGGGAAGUUUGGGACUAGAGGGAUUCGAUAUACUAACUUAGCAGGAAGUAUUGAUUAUAUGUUAAACUUACACCCAACGUCUGGAGUUAUAACUGUAAAGAUCGCCGGAGGACCCAACUGGGACAGAGAACAAAUCUCCAGGCAUUUUCUGACAGUCGAAGCAAGAGAUGAUUUGGGCUAUGGCAACCGGAAUUCAGUCCAACUAGUUAUCAACAUCGAAGAUAUCAACGAUAACGCUCCCAUGUUCCUCCAGAGCAAAUACGAAGCCAGAUUGUUUGAGAACAAGUUGGAUUUUGAACAACCAUUGAAGGUUGAAGCAAGAGAUGCUGAUCUAAAUGGUACAAAAAACAGCGAAAUAGAAUACGAACUUCUUGGUGAUUUAGCCGAAAAUUUUACCAUCGACUCUACAGGAUUAAUCAGCGUUAAAAACCCCAUAGACUUUGAAAGUUUACAGAACUCCUUUUCCAGUAGCGUGUACUCAGUAUUUUUAACAGUGCGAGCCCGAGAUUGGGGAACCCCCAGUUUGUUCAGUGACGUGCCAUUAUUGAUCUACGUAGAAGAUGUCAACGAUAAUACUCCGGUGUUUGAGAACACUUUUUACAAUAAAUCAGUGGCGGAAAGUUCUCCCAGUGGGACUUCAUUGCUUCAGGUGAAGGCCUACGACUUCGACGGAUCUUUCCCCAACAACCAAAUCGUCUACAGAAUUCAGCACGGUGCUGCAGAUAAGUUUACCAUAGAAACCGAAACUGGAAUCGUCAGAGUAGCCAGAGGAGCUUCAUUGGACCCAGAUCUGACACAACCGAGAAAAAUGGUUUACCCUUUGAAGGUUCUUGCUAUAGAUGGAGCGCCAGGGGAUGCCCAGUUGCAAGCAUUAGCUGAAGUAGUUAUUAACAUUAUAGAUGUUAAUAAUAAGGCACCAGUGUUUGAUGAUCCAGGAAAUAUAGCUGUAUUUGAGAACACACCAGUAGGAAAAAUUAUUGCUAACUUAUCUGCUAAUGAUCCAGAUUCAACAGCAACGCUGGUCUACAAAAUAGACGACUCUGCCUGCCAAGCAAUGAAUGAAAGAAGGGUUCUGCUAAAAACACAAGAGUAUGACUGUUCUGGAGCCUUUCAUCUAGAACCAAGAACAGGAGUAUUGUCCAUAGCUAAAACAUUAGAUCGGGAAAUUGUUGAGCAAUUUCAGUUGGGACUAACUGUCGAAGAUAUCAAUUCAGAAACAGGACCACAAGUGGCACAUGCAAAAAUUGUAAUCGACAUCCUAGAUGUGAAUGACAAUUCACCGAAAUUUAGAAAAUCCUUAUACAAAUUUAGUAUUGCUGAAAACAGCAAGCAUGGGACAGCUAUUGGAAGUGUUACCGCCGAUGAUAUCGACAAGAAUAAGACUAUAACUUACUCUUUGGAAGGACCAGUGGAGUUAACAAGUCUCGUCCAUUUAAAUCCAGAUGAUGGUAAUAUUGUAGUGGCUAACAAAAUCGAUCAUGAAAUACAUCAGUGGAUGAAUCUGACAGUAAAAGCAACGGACAGCGGCUAUCCACCACGAUCAAGCAGAGUGGAGGUCUUCAUUCAGAUCCUCGACGAGAACGACAAUAAUCCUUCUUUUCUACCUGAACCAUCAGCUCUAAUCAUCCCUGAAGACAUCCACGUAGGAACAGAAAUCGCUAGGGUGAAAGCUGCUGAUGCAGACUCCGGAGAAUAUGGAAAGAUAACUUACCUACUAGACAGAUUGUCCUCCCAAGGAAAAUUCACCCUAGACGGAGACACCGGUAUAUUGAAAGUGUCUGAUAAGCUCGAUAGAGAAGAGAAGCCUAAUUUUUUGUUAAUCAUAGAAGGCUGGGAUAAUUAUCAGUAUGGAUUCAAUAGUGGAGAGAGCAGAAACGCUUUUAAACAUAUUAAUAUAACAAUUGAAGAUGUAAAUGACAACGUUCCUGUACUUCACGUCCCUCCUUACUGCAUCAAUAUAACAGAAUUUCACGAACCAGGUCAACCUGUAACAACAAUUCAUGCAUCAGAUGCUGAUGAUCCAGAAACUUCCAAUGGACAGGUAAUCAUCGACAUAGCAGACGGUAACCAGCAUAACCUUUUUGAGCUACAACCCAUAAACGAAUGGUCUGUGGACAUACGAACGACAACCUCUUUGAGGGGAAGGCACGGGAACUAUACUCUAGUGAUGAGAGCCCAGGAUCUCGGAAUACCUAGUCUUUUAGUAGAAGACACGCUUAGAAUAUGUGUAGCAGAUUACAACGAUCACCCGCCAAUUUUCAUCAGUCCUCCACCAAACUCCACAUUGAAGGUGCCAGAGAAUGCAACAGUUGGCAGUGCUUUGAUUCAAAUUCUAGCAUCAGACGAAGAUGUGGGACAGAAUGGGGCAGUUCGUUAUAGAUUGAAAACGGAUCCAGCAGGACACUGGAAAUUUUUUGAAUUACAACCAAUAUCUGGCAUACUGGAACUUCGGUUACCAUUGGAUAGGAAGAAACAGAAGAUAUAUGACAUUCGAAUCGAAGCUUAUGACUUAGGUGUUCCAACGCCAUUAAGUUCUGAAUUGGACCUUACUGUAUACGUGAGCGAUAUGAAUAACUAUCAACCUCAGUUUAUGGUGGAUGAAUACUAUGUAAAUUUCACAGAAAAUGUUGGACCAGAGAUGGAAAUUAAGAAACUACCAGAUACAAUAGACAGAGACGAGUUCGAGUACGAGGGUCCUUCUGGACCAGUUUGCUAUUACAUAAUCGGAGGGAACGAGAACAACCUUUUCCAUGUCAAUCCCAUAGAUCACACACUAAUGAUUACUGCCCCUUUAGAUAGAGAAUACCAAGACGUUUAUAUCCUUCUAAUAAAGGCCACUGAAGACUGCACUAGAACCCCAAAAAAUCAGAGCUUCUUUGAUUCAGAUGAUGACACCCAACUUAAAGUGAUCGUUCGAGUGUUGGAUGUCAAUGACAAUGCUCCCAAAUUUAUACACAGAGUGUUUACUGGAGGAGUCAGUACUGCUACAAGCUUUGGAACUAAAUUUAUGUACGUACUAGCAGAAGAUUUAGACGAAGGUAAAAACGCUCUCAUUACGUAUUACUUGGUGGGAAAGACUCAAAUGACUUUAACGGAAGGAUUGGACAAUUUGGAAAGACCUCCGUUUUUGGUAGAAAAAGAAACUGGUGCUGUACAAUUGAACUUUGAUCCUCAAAGGGGGAUGAAAGGAUAUUUCGAUUUCAUGGUUCUUGCAAAUGAUACUGGAGGUCUCAUUGAUACCGCUCGCGUUUUCAUUUAUCUACUCCGAGAAGAUCAGAGAGUACGUUUUGUCCUCCGCCAACAUCCUCCAGAAUUAAGGAACAGGAUAGAAAUGUUUAGAGAAAUGUUAGGUAACGUUACUGGAGCUAUAGUUAACGUAGAUGAAUUCAGAGUUCACGCCAACCAAGAUGGUACCAUCGACAAAACCAGAACGGAUCUAUACCUCCAUCUAGUAGACAAAAAGGACAACUCAAUACUGGAAGUAGACGAAGUCUUAAAAUUAGUAGAUCAGAACACAGAAAAACUGGACCAUCUAUUCAAAGAUUUCAACGUCCUAGAUACUCAACCUGGUGGUACCUUAGCUCUGAAGUCACAGCUGCAGAGCGCGGGUACUACAUUCUGGCUGUCUGUCUCCUGUUUGUUUCUGGUGCUUCUCUUGAUGCUAUGUUUGGCUUUGUGUAUUAACCAGAGACAAAUGUACCAUAGGAAAUUGAAAGCAGCCACAGCAACUGCUUAUGUUAGCGCAGACAACGAUAUUGAUGGACGUGGACUGGGUGGUAUUCUCAGUGGACGAGUACCUAACACUAACAAGCACAGUCUGGAAGGUAGCAAUCCAAUCUGGUUAAAGGCUUACGAAAAUGAAUGGUUCAAGAAUAUGGACGACAUCAGCCAAUCAGAGCAUGAUUCCUUGGACGAAAACGUCAUCAGCUACGAAGAUUCGCUACCAACGACAGAUCAGACGCAAGAAACCCAGGAACGAACCCAGAACAUAUACCAAACACUGCCGGUACCUGCUGUGAGAAAAUUGGAGACUACAGAGUUAUGAUUUAAGAUGAACAUCAACAGGGUUUCCCCUCUAUCUGAUAUCUCGGAAGAAUCACUUUAAUUGGAGAGAUUAAAAGAUUGCAAAUAGAUCAAAAUGCUUGUGCAUCUAUAUGUAUAUUUUUAUAAAAGACCAUAACCAUAAUUGUGAAUAUUAUUUUCUAUAUUGAAAAAAUUAGGAAUGUAAUAAUUAGAAAUUAGGUCCCUAAUGUAAUUGUCUUCAAUUUAGAUUUUUGUAAAAAUUGUUUGACUGAU